AGUCAGACGUGAAUAAAGUGUUACCCAUGUUUUCCGUAUCGCGAAAAGUAUCCGACAGGUUGUUUUUGAAAUUCCGCUUUACUUUAAAGCAAAAGCUUCACUCCAGUGUUCCCGAUGUUGUUAUUCCAAAUAUGCACUUGGAGGAGUGCAUUUGGAAAAAUCUGGAGAAGUGGCACAAUAAAACUGCUCUGGUAUGUGCCCAAACAAAUUGCAGUUACACGUAUUUGCAAUUGUACAAAAAGAGCAACGCACUCACAAGUUUCUUGUGCAACCUGGAUAAACUAAAACAGUCUGAUAGAGUUGCCGUAGCACUUCCCAAUCUUCCGGAAUAUGCGAUUAUUCUACUAGGGGUCAUCCAAGCAGGCUGCACUGUAACAACUCUGAAUCCUUUAUAUACAUCGGACGAAAUGAGUCACCAACUAAUAGUCGCAGAAGCCAAAGUAAUAUUUACAACACCUGAAACAUAUAAAACUGUACAAAUUGCAUUGCAAUUAAGCAAACUUCACAUACCAAUCAUUGUUGUUAGAGCAAAGAACGAUUCUACCUUACCACAUGGAGCAAUCGACUUCGACGAAAUUGCUCGAAAUCAUUGCGACGCGAAGUUUGACUUGCGCAGAAGUCAUGAUGACACUGUAUUAAUGUUGUUUUCAAGUGGAACAACAGGUUUGCCCAAGGGAGUUGAGAUUACAAACAGAGGUUUGGUAUCCAGCCUUCACCAAAUGUCGGCACCUAAACUUGAUCCUAUAUCCGAAACGAGCGAAUCUGAACAGGAGGUUGUCCCAGUAGUUAUACCAAUGUUCCAUAUAUACGGAUUAGUGAUUGUCCUUCUGCAUGGCUUGUUGAAGGGAAGCAAACUCGUAGUAGUUCCAAAAUUGUCAUCAAAACUCUUUGUGAAUGUUUUGGAAACGUAUCAACCUACCGUCCUCUACGUGGUGCCGCCAAUAUUUCACAUGUUGUUAAAUAGGAAUAACAUUAAGCCGUCCCACUUCACUAACACGAAAAGUAUAUUCUCUGGAGCUGCACCUCUGGGAGCCACAGAUGUUAUGGCUUUAAGCGAGAAAUUACAAGGAAAGGUGAAUGUUUUUCAGCUGUAUGGACUGAGCGAAGUAUGUUUGAGUCACGUUCAGAGUUCACAAGUAGAUGGACAUAGAAAACCAGGUGGAAUCGGUUUUCUGCUACCUUCAACUGAGGCCAAAAUUAUGUCCACCACUACUGGGAAUGAAGUAGGCGCCAACCAGCUGGGAGAGAUGUUGCUUCGAGGUCCUCAGGUGAUGAAAGGAUAUUACAAAGAUCGAAAUGCAAACGACGCCGCGUUUACUAAUGAUGGGUGGUUCAAAACAGGAGAUUUAUGUUACUAUGAUGAAGAUGGUCAUUUUUUUCUUACAGACCGAAUCAAGCAACUCAUUAAGGUAAGUGGAUACCAAGUGGCCGCAGCAGAAUUGGAGGAACUAAUAAGACGCCAUAAAGACGUAGAUGACGUUGCCGUGAUUGGAGUUCCUCACGAAAAGUUUGGUGAAGUACCCAAGGCAUUUGUGGUUCGUAGACGAGAUUCAAACGUAUCGUCAUUUGCAAUUCAGGAAUUUGUAAAGAGUAAGGUUGUACAUUAUAAGCAGUUGAUUGGAGGAGUUUCUUUCGUUGAUUCGAUUCCGAAAUCUCAAGCGGGAAAGAUACAGAAAAUUGAACUAAAGAAAUACUAAUGCAUUAGUUUGUAAUUAUUGAUGCAAUAAAAUA